AUUCGUUUCCUCCCCCCAAACUGUCCACACACAGAACCGCUUUCAGCUUCUGUCAUCCUUUACCACAGAUCCCUGCGUUGUUUGAUAUUGCUCGUGAUGUGGUGCAGUAGAACAGCGCUCGGGAGACUGCGGAGGAUCGCCCCGUGUACCGUCACCGGAUUUCAUCGCGCAAUGUCCGCGUUACCGAAGGUGUAUGUGACGCGCAAGGUGCCGCCGGACGGACUGGACAUUCUCCGCAAAUCCGGACAGGUGCAGUUUGACAUGUGGGACUCUGAUGACCCUGUACCGCGAGUGGAGCUGCUGAAAAAGGUCAAAGGUUGUGAUGGAAUUCUAUGUGUACUCACAGAGAAGAUUGAUGCACAACUAUUGGAAGCUGCAGGUCCAAAUCUAAAAGUCGUCAGCACUAUGUCAGUGGGCUUUGAUCAUCUUUCUCUGGAUGAGCUCAAGAAAAGGGGAAUCCGUGUAGGAUAUACUCCAGAUGUUCUGACCGAUUGUGUGGCUGAAUUGACUGUUGCCUUGUUACUCACUACAUCCAGAAGACUCAUUGAGGCCACACAUGAGGCUAAAACGGGUGGCUGGGGAACAUGGAGAACCUUAUGGCUAUGUGGUCAUGAACUUGCAAACAGCACAGUUGGCAUCUUAGGACUUGGGAGGAUUGGUGUGGCUAUCGCUGAGCGUCUGAAGCCAUUCAAGGUGAAGAAAUUCAUCUACACAGAUGUGGUGCCAAGACCGGAGCUUGCAAAUAUGAUAGAGGCAGAAUAUGUCUCUUUUGAUGAGCUGGCUAAGCAGUCUGAUUUCCUGGCUAUAUGCUGUGCUCUGACUCCAGAGACUCACGGGAUCUGCAAUUGGAAUCUCUUCUCCAAGAUGAAGAAAAACGCCAUCUUCAUCAACACAAGCAGAGGUGGAGUGGUUAAUCAGGAGGAUCUAUAUGAAGCCCUGUCUACCGGUCUGAUCGCUGGAGCUGGGCUGGAUGUCACCACACCUGAACCACUGCCCACACACCAUCCUCUUUUCACACUCAAAAACUGCGUGAUUCUUCCCCACAUUGCCAGUGCUUCAUAUACGACACGGAACGCCAUGUCUGCUCUUGCUGCCAACAACCUGCUGGCCGGACUCAGGGGAGAACCCAUGCCACAAGAACUUAAACUGUAAAACUAGAUGGUUAAAUAAUAGUUCACACGAAAAUUAAAAAUCUACUUUGGGACACAGAGAGAGAAUUUCAGAAAAAUCUUCACAUAUUGCUAUUUUUCAUAGGAGUACAGUUCAUAGUGACCCCAAAUGACCAAAUAAAUGUUAUACAUGUUAUAACCAAUAAAUGGUUCAAUAAAUCUAAAAGAAUGAACAAAAUAAACCAUAAAAUAUUAAAUCAUUUUCAAUGCUAAAACUUCAUUACAACAUUACAAUGUUCAGAAUAAAAAAUGGAUAUUCA